AUGGCUGAUGACCUGAAAGCACUUGGGAGCAUUAUUUCAUCUGCUAUUACUGACAUCUGUGGUGUCUGCGAUAAAUCCGGAAAGGCUUUCCCUGCCCUCAAUGACCCAAUCCACCCAUCCGAAUUUACCCCCCAGGGAAUACGAAAUGACCCUUCCGUCGUACAGUCCAUCAACCUAAUUGUAGCGGCAGCAUCACAGUUGCUUGCAACUGUCCGUCCACCUGCAGCUACGAUGACACUGUCAGCUUUCAAGUACACGUUACCUGCUGCUCUUGGCGUUGCUGAGGCAGGCAACGUGGCAGAGACCCUUCGUGAAGCUGGCCCAAAUGGUUUACACAUAAACCUAAUUGCUGCAAGAAGCGAUAUGCACCCGAAAAAGCUCUCUCGCAUUCUGCGUUAUCUCGCAACAGAGCACUGGUUUCGCGAAAUUAAACCUGAUGUCUUCACAAACAACUUGCUCUCGUCACUCUUAGAUUCAGGAAAGAAAAUCACGAAAGAUUUUGAUCCAUGCACCAAAUAUGACAACUCCAAAGGAAUGUCCGCACUAGCAGCCUAUGGGAGUGACGAAUGCUUGAAGUCAGGCUCGUACCUCGUUGAGGUGAUGACUGAUCCGAACACGAAGUUCUCUGAAGAGCCUAACUGCUCUGCCUUGCAAAAGGCACUGAGAAUGACUGAUACCUUUUUCGAGUACUUUGACAGAACAACAGAACAUUUUCGGCGAAAGAGGUUCGCCAUUGUAAUGACUAUCGCCAACAAGACACAUACGCCGGCAUCAAUUUUAGCAGGCUUUGACUGGGCCACUCUGCCGGACGGUAGCAUCGUCGUUGAUGUUGGCGGGGGGUUGGGACAUGUCGCCCUUGAAAUCGCGAAGGUCUACCCCAGACUCCAGAUGGUCAUUGAGGAUAGGCCACUCGUAAUCGAAGAGGCAAAGCAAUUCUGGCAAGAGAAUCUUCCCACCCAUGUUUCCAAUGGUCACGUGCACUUCAUCGGAACCGAUUUUUUUGAGGCACAGCCCUCAUUGCCUGGGACUGUAUCUGUCUUUCUCCUGCGGAUGAUCAUUCAUGACUGGUCCGACAAAUACGCUGUUAUGAUCUUGCGUCACCUCCGUGCAGUAGCAGGUCCCUCAACAAGGCUUGUGAUCAUUGACAGCAUACUCGAUUACGUAUGUGGGUCCGGAGUGGAGAUAAAUAGAGUGCCUGCACCUCUCCUUCCCAACAUGGGUGGUGCAAAUGUGCUCCCGUACUCGGCGGAUCUUGCAGUGUUCGGUGUCUUGAAUGCUGGAGAACGCACGAUUGACGGGUUUAAGGAAAUUCUGUCUUCCUCUGGAUGGAAGCUUCAAGAAGUCCGUAGGAAUGCAUCCAGUUCGAUAUUCAAGCCUGCUAUUAUUGCACACCCAGUGUGA